UCCUGAAUCGUCAGUGACAAGACAACAAAACGCAAAGUCAGCCAAGCUACUGUCUGUACUUCUCUCAGGAAUUCAAGAACAUUCAGAAUUAGUAGAUGUUGAAACGAAUCUAGAUAACUUUAUUGAAUUGAACGCAAUUUUCUAAUACUUGUGAAUCAAUAAGUUUAAUUCAUUAUAACUAAAAUGUUGCGUUCUCUUAUUUUACUAUUUUUCGUCGCAGUUACUGCAAAUGGAGAUUUACUCAGGAUUCCAGUCUACAAGGCGGAAACUCCUAGACGAUUUUUGCAAAAUGUUGGGACUGACGUUAGUAUAGUUCGAAUUCGUUAUGGUGGUGGUCUUGCACCAGAACCACUUUCCAAUUAUUUGGAUGCUCAAUAUUAUGGUGAAAUUACCAUGGGAACACCUCCGCAAAAAUUCAGUAUUCUUUUUGACACUGGAUCAUCAAAUCUUUGGGUGCCAUCCAAGAAAUGCUAUCUUACAAAUAUUGCUUGCCUGCUUCAUAAUAAAUAUAACAGUAAAAAAUCCAAGAGCUAUGUUGCAAAUGGAACUGAAUUUUCCAUUCAUUAUGGAAGUGGAAGUCUUUCAGGUUUUUUAUCUACAGAUACUGUUACUGUUGCUGGAGUUGAUAUCGUAAAUCAAACUUUUGCCGAAGCAAUGAGUGAGCCUGGAUUAGCAUUUGUUGCUGCUAAAUUUGAUGGAGUUUUGGGUAUGGGAUACUCGAGAAUUUCAGUCGAUGGUGUAGUUCCAGUUUUCGACAAUAUGGUCAAACAAGGUUUAGUUCAGGAUCCCAUUUUCAGUUUUUAUCUCAACAGAGAUCCUAAAGCUGAAAUUGGAGGUGAAAUGAUAUUGGGAGGAUCUGAUCCUGAUCAUUAUGAAGGAGAAUUCACUUAUGUCCCAGUCGAUCGUCAAGCUUAUUGGCAAUUCCGAAUGGAUAAAGUAAUGAUUGGUGAAAAUGCUUUUUGUGAAAAUGGAUGCGAAGCUAUUGCCGACACUGGCACUUCUCUCAUCGCUGGACCUGUCGAUGAAAUUAAGAAACUCAAUCAAAAUAUUGGUGCUACACCAAUUGUCGGCGGUGAAUGGAUUGUCACCUGUGAUGAGGUUCCUAAUUUGCCUGAAAUUGAAUUCAUCUUUGCUGGCAAAAAGUUUGUUUUAAAAGGAGAGGACUACAUUCUAAAAGUCUCUCAAUUUGGCAAAACUGUUUGUCUUAGUGGAUUUAUGGGAAUUGAUAUUCCUCCACCAAAUGGACCACUAUGGAUUUUGGGAGAUGUUUUCAUUGGUCGUUUCUAUACUGAAUUCGACAUGGGCAACAAUCGUAUUGGAUUUGCAAUUGCCAAAUAAAUCAUUACUUAUUUUUAAGCAAUAUAUUGUUAACGCGAUGAGGCUUAAUUACCAAUUUCCUAAUAAUUGUGAUUUUUCCUAGCCUAUAUAAAAAUGAUUAUUAAACAAUCAUGUGUUUAUUCCAAUAUUGAAAGUGAUAUUUGUCUAUUACACUCGUAAAUGAAUUUAUCGUAGUGUGUGUAUGAUUUACGAACAAAUUUUGCCACUGAACAAUAAAUAUUUUUUAUCAUUA